AUGUCGUCCAAAGCCAUAUACGAGGCGACCGGCAAGGAUCUUAUUAACAGGCACAUAGCUCCGGGCACAGCGUUGGUACCAUGUCGGUUUGCGACCUUCGAACAAGGGACCAUCUGGGAAGAUGAGCUCGGCAAGAACCCCUGGCUAGCUAAAGAGCAACUAGUAGUAAAACCCGAUCAGCUAAUCAAAAGGCGUGGCAAGCUCGGUCUAGUCGGCGUGAACAAGUCUGCGGCGGAGGUCAGACGGUGGCUGAGCGAACAUGUUGGCAAGGAGCAACAGGUCGGCGCGGCUAUCGGCAAACUGAGGCAUUUUAUUGUCGAACCGUUUGUUAAACAUGAUGCUAGCGAGGAGAUGUACCUGAAUAUAAUGUCGGGCAGACGGUCAGACACCAUCCUCUUCCACCACCAGGGAGGCGUCGACGUCGGGGAUGUGGACGCCCUCGCACUCCGUCUCGAGAUCCCAGUAGACACGUUCCCAUCGGGCGAGGAUAUCGAGAGGGUGCUGCUCAAAAACAUCAAAUCUACCGCUAUGAAAAGAUUACUGACGACAUUCAUCCUAGCUCUAUACAGAGUGUACGUGGACCUAUAUUUCACAUACAUGGAGAUCAAUCCUAUAGUAGUGACGAACGAACGUAUAUACCUACUGGAUCUGGCCGCGAAACUCGACCAGACGGCCGACUUCAUCUGUGCGAAGAACUGGGGCGAGGUGACAUUCCCUCCUCCGUUUGGGAGGGACGCGUACCCCGAGGAGGCUCAUAUUGCUGACCUGGAUGCUAAGAGUGGGGCUAGUUUGAAGCUGACAGUGCUGAACAAGUCGGGCCGCAUCUGGACGAUGGUGGCGGGCGGCGGCGCGUCCGUGGUGUACACCGACACCAUCUGCGAGCUGGGCGGCGCCGGCGAGCUCGCCAACUACGGCGAGUACUCCGGGGCGCCCACCGAGACGCAGACCGCAGACUACGCCAAGACUAUCUUCAGUCUCAUGUGUCGGGAGAAACAUCCGAAUGGAAAGGUCCUCAUCAUCGGCGGCGGUAUAGCCAACUUCACGAACGUAGCGGACACGUUCCGAGGCAUUAUCACCGCGAUUGAAACGUACAAGGACGCGCUCAUUCAAUACAAUAUCACCAUAUUUGUCAGACGAGGCGGCCCUAACUACCAGGAGGGACUUAGACAAAUGCGUGAGGUUGGGCAUCGUCUCCGCAUCCCCCUUUACGUGUUUGGUCCUGAGAGCAAUAUGACCGCCAUUGUGGGGCUCGCAUUAGGACAAUCCCCAAUACCUAAGGAACAUCAGUUGGACUACGCACCCAAACAACUGCCCAAACCACAGGCUGCUCCUAAACCAAAACUGGACAUUCCAGAGAUGACCCAUAAGUUGCUGGACCUAGUAUGUUCCCAAGCCCCAACGAGGCAGGACUUAGGGCAGUGCCCAGCUACAGUCAUGUCUCUGUUCACUGACCGGACUAAGGCUAUCAUUUGGGGAAUGCAGAAUAGGGCUAUACAGGGAAUGUUAGAUUUCGACUACAUCUGCCGUCGGUCGGAGCCGUCCGUGGUGGCCAUCGUGUAUCCAUUCACUGCCGACCACAAACAGAAAUACUACUUCGGGAACAAGGAGGUGUUCAUACCUGUAUACUCCGACAUGGACGUGUCUAUGCGUAAGCACCAGGAGGCGACCGUGCUCGUCAAUUUCGCAUCAUUGCGCUCUGCUUACGACAGUACUAUGCAGGCGAUGCAGCACCCUCAGAUCAACACAAUAGUGAUCAUCGCGGAAGGUAUCCCCGAGAACAUGACCAGGAAGAUCAUCAAACUAGCUGACACUAGAGGGGUGAACGUAAUCGGUCCGGCGACAGUGGGCGGUAUCAAGCCGGGAUGUUUCAAGAUCGGUAACACGGCCGGUAUGAUCGACAACAUCAUCGACAGCAAACUCUACAGGCCGGGCAGCGUGGCGUACGUGUCCCGUUCAGGCGGUAUGAGCAACGAACUGAACAACAUCAUCUCUAAGGACGCGGACGGAGUCUGCGAGGGGGUCGCCAUUGGGGGGGACCGAUACCCUGGGACCACCUUCAUUGACCAUCUCAUGAGAUACGAAGCGGACCCCAACGUGAAGAUGCUAGUCCUCCUGGGUGAGGUGGGAGGAGUGGAGGAGUACCACGUCUGUAGAGCAGUCAGGGACGGAAAGAUCAAGAAACCUAUAGUCGCAUGGUGUAUUGGAACUUGCUCCGACAUGUUCACAUCGGAAGUACAGUUCGGGCACGCGGGUUCGCUCGCUGGGUCUGCGGUGGAGAAGGCGGUGGCGAAGAAUGCUGCGCUCAGGGCGUACGGGGCCGAGGUGCCGGACUCAUUCGAUACACUCGGAGUCGCUGUUAACAAGGUGUACCAGAAACUAGUGAAAGAAGGCAAGAUCAUCGUGAAGGAGGAGGUGGAACCACCCAAAGUGCCCAUGGAUUAUGACUGGGCGAGGAAACUGGGCAUCAUCAGAAAGCCAGCUGCGUUCAUCAGCACGAUAUGUGACGAGCGAGGCAAUGAGCUGUCGUACUGCGGGGUGCCCAUCAGUCAGGUACUGGAGCGACAGAUGGGCGUCGGGGGAACUAUCAGUCUGCUGUGGUUCCAACGCGAACUUCCAGAAUGGGCGACGAAAUUCUUCGAGCUGGUACUAAUAGUGACGGCGGACCACGGCCCCGCCGUGUCCGGGGCACAUAACACUAUGGUCACCGCCAGAGCCGGGAAGGAUCUCAUCUCCUCCGUCGUCAGCGGGCUGUUGACUAUUGGCGAUCGUUUCGGCGGAGCUCUGGACCGCGCGGCGUUAGAUUUCUGCGCCGCGUACGACCGCGGACAACAUCCGCAGGAGUUCGUCAACGAGAAGCGAGCUAAAGGGGAACUCAUCAUGGGAAUUGGACACAGGGUAAAAUCAAUAAACAAUCCCGAUUCAAGAGUGCGCGAGCUGAAGGCGUACGUGACGUCUCGUUGGCCGGCGUGGCCGGUGACCCGCUACGCUCUGGACGUGGAAGCCAUUACUACCAGGAAGAAGCCCAACUUGAUCCUCAACGUUGAUGGCAUAGUCGCAGCCGCCAUGGUCGACAUGUUCAGACAUUGCCAGCUGUUUACGCAAGAGGAAGGCAACAACUACAUAGCAAUGGGCUCUAUCAACGCCCUGUUCGUGCUGGGCCGUACCAUCGGUCUAGUAGGCCACUACCUCGACCAGAAGCGCAUGAAGCAACCCCUCUACCGCCACCCAUGGGACGACAUCACAUACAUGUCGCCCUUAAACUAA